CUGCAAUGCUUUACCUUUGACUAAGGAAAUGGAAACCGGCGGCAGUCCAAUGCUGGUUCAUGGACCACAUUGUCGAUCACCAUGAAAACCAUUCUGUUUAUGUUCAUACUGGUGCUCAUAGAAGAGGGAAGAGCACAAAACGCAGUCCGUGAUGCCUACAACAAAAACAACCCCCAAAAUAGAAAAAAUGGCGAGGAUCAAUCACAGUACGAGGCGUUUGAUAACUACAAGAACAGACUGGCUUAUACUGUCGUCGAUAGAGGAAAUUCCCAAGCUGCUGCUGGAAGCAAUAACUACGAGAACGUGAACGACGGCGAAGUAUCAGACUCCGGGACUGCGGGCAAGUUGCUACCAUUUCUCCAGGUUGAUGAUAUUGAUUCCGGCCUGUAUGAUGACCCCGAUGAUCUACCCCAAAACAGCUGCACUAGACCCUGUGUUGCCGGACAAACCCGUACCUGCUACUACAGAUUUGCUCUUGAACCAUACUCCGUGAUGGGAAAAGCUUGUAAUGACUGUUUGAACAACAUGACGCAGUGCUUUGCCAGAGGAUGUGUGACUGCCGACGGCUUUGAAAAGGCAAUUCUGACAAUAAAUCGACGUAUGCCAGCUCCGUCAAUUCAGGUAUGUCAAGGGGAUCUAAUCGUAGCGGAUGUGAAGAACCUAAUGCCCGGACGAAGCACAGUUAUUCACUGGCACGGCCUUCGGCAGAUAAAUGCCAAGUUCAUGGAUGGUGUCCCGAUGGUAACUCAAUGCCCCAUCACUGAGUCACAGAUUUUCCGGUAUACAUUUAGAGCAGAAGAACCAGGCCUGGACUUCUAUCAUUCGCACGAUGGUCUGCAAAAGGUGGACGGAAUUGUGGGAAGUUUCGUGAUCCGACAACCCAGGUCAGAAGAUCCCAACACGGACGAGUAUGAUUUUGACCUACCCUCACACGUGAUCGUGAUACAAGAUUGGUACCAUUUGAUGGCCGACGCUAUGUUCCCGGGGUUGAGGUUUAGGGACACUGAGCAGAUGGCGGCCAGUUAUCUGAUUCAGGGCAAAGGUCGUUACACCCUGAGCGACGGCACAUUACUCGCCAACACGCCCAUCGCAGAAUUCAACGUCGAGCGGGGUAAUCGCUACGUCUUCCGCAUCGUAGCCGGUACUUGUUUCGAGUGUCAGUACAUCUUCACGAUCGAGAACCAUGACUUCGUCAUCAUCGGCGCUGACGCCCAGUCAACCAAGCCUUACAGAGUGAACAGCCUGACAAUGUCUCCUGGUGAAAGGUACAGUGUUGUAGUCAACUGUAACAAGAACGUAGGCGCAUAUUGGAUUCAGGUCCGAACUGUGGGACUCUGCAACCAUAUGAGGGCACAACAAGUGGCCAUCUUGAGGUACAGUGGGGCCACAGGAAACCCUGCCUCAGCAACCCCUACUUUUGACGUCAGCCGAGUGAAUAAUCCUGGAUUGACGAUGAGCCCAGUGAACUCCCUCUGCACUGCCCAGACUAGACGUUCUGACGGUCCUUGUAUCCAUGAUCUACGCAGUGCCAGGAAUGCUCCGGCAAGGAUUCGAAAUGCUCAGCCCGACAUGAGACUAGUCUGGGGAUUUGGAUUUUACUUCUUCACAGACGAGGAACUCUAUAACUCCGGACAGUACCACAGGUUCUUGCAGUCUCCAUUCGAUCCUGUGGGGAGCACGGUGAAUGGCGUGGUGAAUAUGUUUCCUCCUUCACCCAUUCUAUCUCAGUUCAGCGACGUACCAAAGAACAUAAUUUGUCCCGCCCAGGGGUUCAGGGCAGACACAUGGAAUAGACAGCAUCGUGAGUGUGUCAACGUCAUGAAGGUGCCGGCAAACAGCGUUGUUGAAAUUGUUGCUAUUGAUAUAGCCAACCAUGAUCCGGCUGGUAUCUCUCAUGCCAUCCACUUACACGGCUAUGACAUGUACGUUUUGGAAAUGGGAGUGAUGAAUGGUAACGUACCAUUCAACCAGUCUUACGUUCAGCUGAUGAAUUAUCUCAAUUCCAACAAUCGGCGCAGCAUCCCCGUGGACGUGGUUACGAAGGAUACGUUUCCUCUUACAUCUGGAGGAUAUGUGGUUGUCAGAAUCUUAACCGAUAAUCCAGGAUACUGGUUCUUCCACUGCCAUUUCGCAUAUCACUUGGACAGCGGUAUGAGUGGUAUCCUUCAAGUGGGAGAACAAAAUACAUUCCCAUCCCCUCCCGCUGGUUUCCCAAAGUGUGGAGACUUUUUGCCCAUUCCGUAAUCUUGGUGCUGUAGAUAAUAAAAUCUUUUCGUCUCAAACUAAACAAAUAUAUUCAUGUCCUACAUA